AUGGAGCAGCAAGACCCGCACCAGACUUUCAUUGACCCUGGUCCAUCAGUGCGUUCUCUCCUCAUGUUGCAGGAUAAACACAUCUCGACGCAUGUAUGGAACACAUCUGAUGAUGCAAAUGCAGAUGAUCGUGUCCUCAAUGUCAGACACACUGCGUCACACGAUCAUUUGGAUAUACCCGAGGAUAUCCAUCCUUACCUUAGGCAGGCUUGGUUUUAUCACGUUGCGCGUCUGCACAACCAUGAGAUUGAUCACUCACUCAUUUCGACCCUUGUUGAGAGAUGGCGUCCUGAGACGCGCACAUUCCAUAUGCCGAUGGGUGAGGUUACGAUUACCUUGGAGGAUGUCCACCAUCUGCUGGGAUUGCCCAUAGAUGGAGAGGUUGUAUGUGGCCGCGUUGGAGGCCAUCCCUUCUCCCAACUUAUGAGAGAUUUGUUGGACAUACAGCCGGUUCGGCAGCGCGACUUUUAUAAGAACCGAAUUUCUCUGACAUUUCUGAGGGUCGGUUUCUACAUUACCAUGAACAUGCCGGCACUGAAGCUGGCCGUAUGA